AUGCCCCCCCGAAAUAUCUGCCCCCCGUUAAAGGCCCGGGCCCCAGCACCCCCGGGGGAGGGCCCCGUCCCAGGCCCCCCGCCCCCAGUCGAAGAAGCCCCGGCCCCUGUGCCCCCAGGAAGGUGCCCCCCGGCCCCCCCGGCCAAACCUCCCAGCGAACUGGCGAAUACAGAGGGACCGAUUAAUCCGCCCCCCACCGAGGGGGCCUCUCCUCUGGCAAUACCCAUAGACGGGGCGGGGCCUGAAACACCCCCCAUCAAAAGCCCCCGGCCCCUCCCACGGGGCUCGCGCCUCGCGCUCGGCCCGCCCGCUUCGCGCGUGUGCCUCCCUCUCGCAUCUCGCAUCUCUACUGCCCUCCCCCCCGGCCGCCACAGCGACCAUCUCCCCCGCCGCGCCAACUGGCGCCCCUCCCCCCCCCAUCGGCCUCCCCGGCGGCCCUCGCCCGGCCCCCUUCCUAGGGCCGCGACGCGCCACCGUGGGCCCCGUCGGCCCGGGGCCGGGAGACCAGGGAUCGCCCGCAGCGCGUGGUUGGGUGGGCGCCGGUGCACCGGGGAGUCCUACGCGAGGGUCACCCUGCCAGGGCCCCCACAGCAAGAUCCCCCGCCGCCCGACAUGCCUCACACAACACAACGCAGCCACUAUGGCGAGCCCCAAUCCCCCGGGCCCGGACCGUUCGGCCAGGGCCAAACCGGCCAGCGAACUGGCGAGUACCCAACGCCCCAUUAUCCAGCCGCCCGGCGACGGGGUAUCGCCCAUGAUAGUUCCCAGGGGGUGGGCUCCGCCCAAAGUGCCCCCCCAUUCAAAGCCCCCGGUGCCACGCCCCCCGGAAAUUCCCCCCCUCGGCCCCCAACUGAGGCCCACCACCCCCAUGUCAAGGUUGGCAUAUUCCUCCCCCCCUUUGCUGGGGCCUCGCCCACAAUGAUCCCCAGGGCCCGUCCAAGGUGCCCCCCAUCGAACCCACCCGGCGCCAUAACCCCCAGGAAGAUGGGCCCCCGGCCAAAAGCCGGGCCAACUGGCGAGUACCCAGAAUCCUAUAUGCAGUUCCCCCCAUGGAGGGGGCCUUCCCCCCGGUCCUGCCCAUGGGCGGGGCUCCCUCUCACGUACCCCCCAUCGAAAGCCCCGAUCCCAGAACCCCCGGCCAAACCGCUCCGACAACUGGCGAGUACUCAACGUCCCAUUAUUCCCGCCCCCGUCGAGGCGGCCUCACCUUUGGCCAUACCCACAGAUGGGGCUUUGCCUGAUACGCCCCCCAUCAAAAGCCCCCGGCCCUAG